GGGUCGCGGGUGUUCAGGCCGCUGCAGCGGCAGCGGCCGCUCCCUUUCUUCCUGCGCCGGCGCCGGCCCGCGGGGCCCGGCCCGGGAGCUGCGCGCAGAAUGGGCAGGUGCUGCUUCUACACGGUCGGGACGUUGUCCCUGCUCCUGCUGGUGACCAGCGUCACGCUGUUGGUGGCCCGGGUCUUCCAGAAGGCCGUGGACCAGACGAUCCAAAAGAAUAUUGUGUUAAGGAAUGGUUCCGAGACCUUUGACUCCUGGAAGAAGGCCCCUGUGCCUGUGUAUGCCCAGUUCUAUUUCUUCAAUGUCACCAAUCCAGAGGAGAUCCUCAGAGGGGAGACCCCUCGGUUAGAAGAAGUGGGGCCAUAUACCUACAGGGAACUCAGAAACAAAGCAGAUAUUCAGUUUGGAGAUAAUGGAACGACAAUAUCUGCUGUUAGGAAAGAGGCCUAUGUUUUUGAACGAAAUCAAUCUGUUGGAGACCCUAAAGUUGACUUAAUUAGAACAUUAAAUAUUCCUGUGGUGACUGCCAUGGAAUGGGCCCAGGUCCGCUUCCUCCGGAAGCUCAUCGAGGCCCUGUUGAAGGCCUAUCAGCAGACGCUCUUUGUGACCCACACCGUGGACGAACUACUCUGGGGCUACAAAGAUGAGAUCUUGUCCCUCAUCAACAUUUUCAAGCCAGAGAUCUCUCCCUAUUUUGGCCUGUACUAUGGGAAAAAUGGGACUAGUGAUGGAGACUAUGUUUUUCUAACUGGAGAAGACAGUUACCUUAACUUUUCAAAGAUUGUGGAAUGGAAUGGAAAAACAUCCCUUGACUGGUGGACAACAGACAAGUGCAAUAUGAUUAAUGGAACAGAUGGAGAUUCUUUUCACCCGUUAAUAAACAAAGAGGAAAUUCUUUAUAUCUUCCCAUCUGAAUUUUGCAGAUCAGUGUACAUAACUUUCAGUGACUUCCAGAGUGUGCAGGGACUGCCUGCCUUCCGGUAUGAGGUGCCUGGAGAAGUACUAGCCAAUACCUCAGACAAUGCCGGCUUCUGUGUGCCUAAAGGAAACUGCCUGGGCUCAGGAGUUUUGAAUAUCAGCAUCUGCAAGAAUGGUGCGCCUAUUAUUAUAUCUUUCCCACACUUCUACCAAGCAGACGAGAAGUUUGUUUCUGCCAUCCAUGGUAUGCAUCCAAAUAAGGACUAUCAUGAGACGUUUGUGGACAUUAAUCCUUUGACUGGAAUUAUUCUCAGAGCUGCAAAGAGGUUCCAGAUCAACGUUUACGUCAAGAAGUUAGACGACUUUGCUGAAACGGGGAACAUUAGAACCCUGGUUUUCCCAGUGAUGUAUAUUAAUGAGAGUGUUCUCAUUGAUAAAGAGACUGCAAGUCGACUGAAGUCUGUGAUUAACACUACUUCGAUCAUCACUAACAUACCCUACAUUGUCAUGGCCCUGGGUGUGUUCUUUGGUUUGAUCUUCACCUGGCUUGCAUGCAGAGGACAGGGAUCCAUGGAUGAGGGAACUGCAGAUGAAAGAGCACCCCUCAUACGCACCUAACUGAGGCCCGAGCUCGGUGGAGGAGCCGUGUGAGCUGUCCUGAGCUGGACCCGCCGUGAGGAACCUAGCCGCGUCCUCACAGGCAUGUCGCCUGCUGCAGAGAGGAGGGAGGAGACCCGGCGCUGGCUAGUGAGGAGAGCGCUCCGGCCGGAGGUUAAACAACAGACUGACCUGGUUGGCCAGUAGGCUUUAUUUUUUUUUUUUUUUUUUUUUUUUUUUUGCAAGUAUUUAAUAAACUCUUGUAUAG